AUGACGGAUGUUGAAAUGGCUGAAGCUGGCCAGGAAUUACCACAAUUCCCAACAGUUCAUAUUCUUCAAGUCGUUAAAGAUGCUCAACAACAACAUGGUUUGAGACACGGUGAUUAUGCUAGAUAUAGGUUAGUUAUCUUUAUUUUUGGAGUUAAAAUUAACAAUAAACUUUUUUAGAAAAUAUUCGGCAGCUAAAUUGGAAAGAAUGAGAAAAGCUUUGAAGUUUACCAAUCAACACAAUUGUCAAAAGAAAAGAAAGGCUAAAUUUGUAAAGAAAUGGUUGACUGAAGAAGCUUUAGUCGAUGCGCAAUUUUUGAAUUUUGGUAUUUUUGAAACCGAAAGACGGUAUGCUUCAGCAAUGAUUGAAAAAAUGACACUCGAAGAUAAUCCGGAAAAAUUGAGAAAACGAUUUUCAAUGAUAAAUAACUUGAAAAAGCCGUUCUUCAUGCUAACAAUCUUGAAAAUAUUGUUGUAAGCAGUGCAAGAGUGAGUUUUUUAUUCGAAAUUUUUUAAUUUGAAAGAAAAUUUUAGUGUGACGCUCCAACAAAACUCGAAGCUCAAGCUUACGCCGCGUGGAUGCGUGGAAUGUGUGCUUUUGAAUCGAGAGAUUGGCAAAAAGCCAGCGAAGCUUUGAAAUUGGCAAGAAAUGUUUAUGAUAAAUUGGCUGAAGCCACUAAUAAUACAACAUUGGCCACGUUAUAUAAAGGAAGGUUUGUUAUUUUUCUGUGUGAGAAAAUUGUAGGAAAAAACAAAAAAACUAAUUUUUGAUUCCUGUUUUGUGUUCUACUGAUUUAUGGAUUUCAUUCUUUCAACGAAAAAAAGUAUUUCUAGAUGUCGCGAAAUCCAACCACAACUUCGACUCUGCGAAUUCAAUAUUGCUGAAUCUCCAGAAGCUGUCGGAACUAUGUCAGAAUUGAUGGAACUUCGUAUGCAAAUGGGAGCAGAUGACAGUUCUGUUGAUAAACUUAUUUCUGAAAUGAGAUCAACUGCAACUGGCGCUGAAGUUGUCACAAUUGAAUGGGGUGGAAUGAAGAGUACUGUAGAAGACGAGAAAGCAAAACAAUGUUUGCAAGGAUGGAAACAAUCAGAAGCUGAACUCAAACAAUGUCAAACACCAAAAGAAAAAAUGGCAUUGUAUGAAAAAGCAACAGCGGAUACAAGAGAUGCAAUUGAUCGAUUAUCGGAUACAAUUAGAAGAAAGAAUGCUGAUAAUGCUGAUACAACUGUUUUGCAAUCAAUCAAGGCUUAUUUAGAUUUUUUGAAAAUGAGUGGAACCGCUUCGAGAUAUUUGGCAAUUAUUGAGAAUACGAAAAGUGAUAAGAAAAAUAAACCACAAGACAUGUUGAGAUUAUAUGAUUCAGUUAUUGAGAUUUAUAAAGAGGUUUCGGAAACACCUGGAGCUGAAUAUGAUAAAUCACUUAUUCAAGCAUUUGAAAUGAAAGUUGAAUAUUAUAGAGCAUUUAGAUGUUUCUAUAUGGCUUCUUCUUAUGCAGCUCUUCAAAAAUAUUCAAAAGCCACUGCUCUUUUUGAUAGAACUUUGACGAGAAUUAAUGAUGCUGAAGGACAACUCAAAAAAUUGAAAGCUAAUCAAUAUUUGACACUCGAAACACUUGAUGUUUUGAAGAAUUUGCGAUCUGAUGUUGAGGCUGCUAAGAUCAAUGCAAGAGCAUCGCGAUUAUCAAGUGCUGCUGAAAAUAGUGGAACAACUACAGAGGAAGCGAAGAAAAUUGAUGAGAGGGUAAGUGUUCUCAAAAACAACCAAAUUUGAUGAAAGUUUUUCUAGAAAAAAAAAUGAACACGUGAAAAGAAAAAAAAGCAUAAAAUUUGGUUGUUUGUUAGAAAAACAGUUUGUUUUGAUCGAGUUGAUAUAUAAUUAUGAUUAAUUUUCAGACCUUGUCGGAAACUUUGUCAGAAUGGCGAGAUUGGCGAGUCGCCGAAUCAGUUCGAAACAAAAAGACUAUUCCUGUCGCAAAAUUGCCUCCAGAUUUCAUUCCAAUGCCAAACAAACCAAUCUUUUUCGAUUUGGCCAAUUUCCAUCUAACUGUAAGUUGUUUUUAGAAAAUUUAAUUUUUGUGAGAAAAAUUGAAUCUAAAUGAUAAAAUUGACUCAUCCGAACAUUUCAAAUUUUCAUUUUUGAUUUGAAAAAUGAAGUGAAAUUCUAACCAGUUUCCAAUUUUUCUGUAGUUUGCUAAAGUUUACCUCGAGAAUAAUUUAUUUUCCUAGAUAAACAUCCUAUUAUUGUUCAUUAGUUUUGAAAUAUGAUAUUUUGAUUUCUUCAGUAAUAUUGCGAAAUUUGAAACCAGUCAACUAUUUUUUCAACUAUUUGUUUAUAUGAUUUCCGUUCACCUCGCCUUCAAAAAUCGAUUUUCUUUUUUAAUUUUCAUCAUUAUUUUUGCAGAUGCCAAACCUUGAAGAUCGUAUAUCUCAACUUCAACGUGACAACACUGCAAAAUCACCAAACAAAAAAGGAGCUCAAUCAGCCGGAGCUCAAAAUCAAGAAAGUGGAGGUGAAAAGGGUAUUUCAGGAAUGGUUUCAGGAUGGUUUUGGGGCAAAAAGUAAUAUUUUUGUUAGGUGAUUAUUUUUAUGUGAUUUGUUCUAAAGUAUUUGUUUUUAUUUAAUUUUGGUCCCUAUUUUUUCUCCAUUUCAUAUCUUUUUUUGCCCCUGUUUUUUCCUUGUUAUUUAUUCGUCAAAAUACAAAGUCUAUAAUUAUUUUCUGCUAUUCAUAUGUUAUUUUCAGAUAAAGAUUUAUUGCAACCUAAAAUUCUUAUUUUCCAUAUUUUCAUGGGAUUUAUCAUAUCCGUUCAGUAUUUCAUUCGACAAUUUCUCCUCUCCCACAAAUAAAUAAAAUUAUAGAAUUAUGAAAAAUGUCUACAUUGUACCCAGAUGAAAGUUAUUGUACAAGCGAUAUUGGAAGAAUUUUAUAUCAAUUAAAGGCAAGAACAAUUUUUAAAUUUGAGUUUUUUUUUCAAAAAAAAAAAUUUCAGACCGAUUGGACUUGUAAAUGUACUGUGAUAGAUGUGAAAGAAGAAAAAUAUAUUGCUGGAUCGUUCACUUUGUAUACUGUUGAAAUUAUUGUGAGUCAGUUUUUUUUGGGAGGAAUUAGAGUAUUUGUGUACGAAAAAAUGAAACUGAAUUCCGAUUUUUUAUAAUAAAAAUAUUUUUUGAAUAAAGAGGUCACGUUUUGAUAUAGUCAUAGAUUUAAAAAAAUUUAAUUAAUUGUAAGGCGAUGUUGCAGAUGAGUUUCUCCUUCGAGAAGAAAUGGGGCGAAAUUCAAAAAAUGCACUGUUUCGUCUCCACGUGCAACACGUCUCUCCUUUUUCUCCUCAAUUAGCUCGGGGGAGAAACUAAUCUGCAUCAUCGCCUAAAUAAAAUUUUCAAUCCGUGAAAAGUUAAUGACCAUAUUUAAAAAUAAUGAUUUGAAAAAAUAAAAAAUCUUCUCAAUUCUCCUUUUGCAGUGUGUCCCCAUCGCUUCACAUCUCAAUGAUCAUCCAGAAAGAUCUUUUCACCUUAUCACUCGAUUCAAAGAAAUGCAAAAAUUACACGGUGCUUUGGCGAAAGUUCACAAGCAAUUGUAUUUAAGAGGAACUUUUCCCGUGUUUCCACCAGCAAAAUUACUUGGAAAUAGUAUGUUUAUCUUAUUAGAGAUAAUUAUAAAAGUUUUUUCUUGCAGAUACUCCCGAAGUUAUUCAAGAGCGUCGAAUGGCUAUUGAGAAUUUACUGAAUUUCACAUUUGAUAGCGAAGUUUUGAGAAAAGCCAAAAUUUUGCAUGAAUUUGUGGAGGUUUGUUUUUUUUUCUCUGGUCCCUCCACAUCAUUUUUAUGCUUAUGUGUACAUAACAAAAAAGAGAAAGAGGAGGAAAAAAUUAUGUCAUUUUUCAGAAAGCGCGUGAGCGUGCCAACACUGCACAUGAAAUAACUGCUGGAGAAAUUUUAUACGACAAUAUUAAUAGUAUUUUGGAUCAACCAGUUGGGUGAGUUUUUUUUCGAAGUGGCUUUGAAAAUAGUAAUUUUUGCAGAGCUGAGGAUCAAAACGUGCUUACACCUCAACAAGUUAGUCAGAAAUAGUAGUCAUUCAAUAAUUUUUAUGUAUUUCACUUGAUUUUUCUUGCUAAAUUAACAAAGAUAUCAGUUUAUCUACCAAUCAUUUUUUUUUAAAUUCAUUUAUAAAUCAUCUAAUUUAAUGAAUAAUAAAUUUAGAAUGAUUCGAACGACUUCCAAUUUCCCGAUAUUUCUAUAAAUUCAACAAAUUCUUCCACAUUUUCUUCUUCUUCCUCCACUUCUACAACAAAUCAAAAUCAAGAAAGAAAAUCAUCGACGAUGCGAAAAUUGUUUCCCAAAUUUCGCGGAAAUAUCAACGAGCAAAAUGAUGAAACAAUUGAUUAUUUGGUAAAAGCUGGACAAUUGGUUGCAACUGCGCAAAGAGCUGAAGAUGAACAUGCUUAUGAGUUGGCAUUUCAGUGUUAUAAAAAUGCGGCAAGCAGUUUGAUACAGGUGAAUUUCGGGGAUAAGGGACUUGUGAUGAUGAAUGGGACCAUAAAGAUGAUGUUGUUCUAUAAAUCACAAUAAAAAUGAAUAUUUCUGGUCCUUUGCAGCUGAAUUUCAGUAUUCUAAUUAAAUCUCAUUUCAUUCUUGCUCCAUUUCGUAAAAUAUGUUAAUUGUAGAUUGCAAGGGUAUUACUGCGAGAGUAAAUUUUGUAUUCUGAAAUUUCAAAAAAAAAUUGAAGUCGAAAAACUACGUAUCUAAUUUUUGUGCCACGUCAUAACAUUUUUUAUUCUUCUCAAUUUCCAGGGAGUUCAAAUUGAGAGUGAUAUGACGAAACGAAACGCAGUACGUAGAAAAACUGCAAAAUAUCUCGUAAAAGCUGAGAAAUUAUAUCGAACAUAUUUAUCUUUAGAUGGUUCGGUCUUCAAUUUUGAUAGUCUUAUGACCGCUGCAAUGCAGGUUGGUAUUUAUUUCUUUUUUAUUCUAUUUGCCUAUUUUAUAUUUUUUUUCCCAGGAUCCAAAUAUAAUGGCGUUUCAAUGUUCGAAUAAAACCAUGAAAAAUUAUCGAUUUGUUGGUGUUUUGCCGAGUUUGGAAGUCGAGAAGAAGGUUUUAUUGGUUGAGGAGAAAAAUGGAGAAAAUCGAAAAUUUGUGAUGAAAUUAUUAGAGAAAGGAAACCAAGACAAUUAUGACUCACGAAUAUUUCUACCAACAAAUAUUCCUCACAUGGUCCAACUUGUGCAAUUUUUCGAGACUGAAAUGCAUAUUAUUCUGCUGAUGGAAUAUAUUGAACCGGGAAGAUUGUGGGAUUUUUUGGCGAAAUAUUUUGAGGAAAAUGAAUGUCGAUAUUUGAUGAAAUUGGGAACGAUGAAAAUGGAAGUGAAAGAAGGCGAAAAAGUGGAAGAAUUGAUUGAUGAACAAAAUAGCGAAGAUAUAAUUGGGGGAAAUCGAGGAUAUCGAGGAAGAAGACUGCUUUUUACAGUUGGAGUCGAUUUUGAAAGAGUUGUUGAGAUGAGAGAUCAAACUUCUAGUGUGAGUUGAUUUUUUUUAGAAAGAAAUCUAGAAUUAUAUUUUAAAAUCUUUCAAGGAAAUUGUUUAAAAUAUUUGACAAAUCAUUUCAUUCUCAAAAAUUUUCAGAGUGAUGCUCCUUCCGAAAACACACUUAUUUGCGAUAUGGGAGUUGAUGUAACUGGAAAAUCUGAAGCUCCUAAUGUUUCUGGCGAUUUUUCGAUUCUCGAAGGCUCUCGAGAAGAUCAGCAAAGUCAAUAUUUCCGAGUUGCUGAAGAAUCACCGGCUACAGUUCUAAUUCAAAAACCCACAAAAAAUAAAUCAUCUGAUGAAUAUUUGAUGGAACUUUCGAAAGCCUUGCGAACUGUUCGACAACAAUUAGGAGCCAGGAAAAGAGUCUGGAAUCAUGUAAGGGAAUUUUGAAAAUUAAAAAAAAACGGUGGGGUUCUUCUAGAUUGAUCUUCCGGAAUGUUUGAUAACUCAUUGGUCAGCUCAAAUCGUCUCAUUUUUCUUUGUAAUGCAUGCGGAACAUUUUGAAUUUAUUGGGUUAGUUUUGGGGAAAAUAAUAUUAUGUUUCAGUUCAAAAAUUGGAAUUUUUUCAGGGAUUUGAACACGGAUAAUAUUUUGAUUGAUAACGAUGGAAAUAUUAUGAUAACUUAUAUUGGAAAAUGGCACGAAUCUCGAAAACUUAGGCUAAAAGAUGGAUAUUCAGCUCCAGGUAAGAAAGAGACGCAGGUAGAAUUUACAAGUUAAAAAAAAUUAAAUUUUAAUGCAGAAGAAGUUUGGAAAUUGUUUCAACAAACUUGAAACUUAGCCUUUUUAUUGAAUCAUGAAAAUUUCUUCAGAAUCCUGUGUUUAUGGUUGGAUUCCAUCAGCUGAAUCAGAUAUUUGGACUAUCGGCGCUCUUAUGUUUGAACUUUUAUGUGGUCGAAGUUUGGCAAAUUGUGCACCUCAUGGAAUUCUUCGAAAUAUGGAAUUACCGUAUCCCGAACAGGCGAAUGUUUCAUUUGUUGCUAAAGAUAUUUUAAGCAUGUAAGUCAUUCUAAUUUAUUUUCCAAAUGUAAUUUCUCAUUUAAUAGGAUUCUUGUUCCUCUUGCGAUUUCACGACCUUCGAUUGAUGAAAUUAGAUCACAUCCAUUUUUCCGAAAUAUUGAUUGGAGAUUAUAUGACAAUCCAACAUUUCAACAACAACCAUCAACGAGUAAUAGUACGGGAUAA